CUGUGACGGCAGCUACAGUUGCUUUACAGUCAGUCAUGCACUCAGCUGUCCAAAAGCAGGGCUGACUUUACAUUGCCAUAACAAUGUAGCAGGUGAGUGGCAUCAGCUCUGUGCUGAAGCUCUCAAACCAAGCACUGUUACUGAUGGACUACAAAUUCCAGUAUAUCAGCCAGCGCCUGGCAACAGAGCUCUAGCUGGAGCACUGCCACCACCAGGAGCUCUUUGGGGGGACAUAGGUAUCCAUGGAUUCUGGCAGCAAGGUAUGGCCGCUAUAUUUGAUAUACACAUCAUUGAUACUGAUGUGCGGUCCCACCAACACAAGCAGCCACUGGAUGUUCUCCGCACUCAGGAGAAAGAGAAGAAGGCUUGGUACAAUACAGCAUGUUGCAAGGCACACUGCCAUUUUACUCUUUUGGUCUACUCAGUGGAUGGUACUACUAUAGAAGGCCCUAAAGCCAAGAGUGCUAGGAAUGCUUUGGCUACAUUGCUAGCCCAAAGAUGGGGCCAGCACAAGUUGCAUGUCUGCCACAUAGUGCACUCGUGCUUGGCUUUUGGCUUGGCACGAGCUACUUGAGGAUGUGAAGAAUGAUGUUUUUGUUUCCUGGAUCCAACUGAAUUGUAGUCUGACUGUUGCUGACAGGUUAGAUGGUGAUGUGAAUUCUGUGAAGCUUGUUGAGCUGAUUGCUAAUGAGAUCAGUGUACAGGUCCACUUUGAUGAGGAGCUUGCAGAUCCAGACAAUCUCAUUUGUGUGUGUGUGUGGGGGGGGGGGGGGGCAGAGGCCCUGCUGGUGGUAGCACUCUUGGAAUUCUUAGGACUCAGUUGCAGUGGAAUCAUAAAAUGUUUUCCAAGCUGUUUGCCACAGCUAGUGAAGUGAAUGAGAUCAAGAAUUCAUAGAUGGAAGCUGCUGAAGCUAAGUUCAACCAAAAGCAUAAUAAAGCCAUCGAGAUGUCCCAAAGAGCUGCAAUGAGCCCGGUUGUAAGAAGGAGGCCCCGUGGUUGAACAGUGGAGCAUCAGAAGCUGCUACGAGGGAGAGUGGAGUAGCUGACCUGUCUAAGUGUUGUCAUGAUCUUUAUGUCCUCUGGAAUGAAUGGGAAGUUGGUGUUGGUCUUAAUAAGUCUACAAAAGGAGUUCACCGCUGCUGAGAGAGGUCCCAUGAAGAGUAAGUACUGCACCAGGAGAAUGAAGUUCUGGAAGUGCAUGGAGAGACUCAUCAGUGCUGGUUGUAAUGCUGUUAGACAAAUCUAUGCAGUGUAUAGUGGUCCAACCAAGAGAGUCUCCUGAAUCCUUAAGAGGCCAUGCCUUGCUCCGAGGACCAACUGUUACUAGUACAGCUGCUUCUUAAUUGUCAUUGAUUCUUCUUUGUUGGGUGUCAAAGUGUUUCCUAGCUUACUACUUGUCCCCCCCCCCCUACAUAAAAACAGUGUACUGUGUACUAUACGUUAACUGGUGUGAGUGAUUUGCUAGCCUCAGCAACAAGAAGAGGAGGACCAUCUUAAUACUACUAGUAGCUGACAGGAGUGGUGGUGUCGUUGGUGGUAGUAUCAGUGUUGUUAUCGACAUGAUUGUCAAGAAUUACUACUCUCCUGACUUGUGUUUUUUCUAUAGAAUUUGCCUUGUAUGUGAUAUGUGAUUGUGUGAGUACUUCUCAUCAAUCACUCUGAUACAGUCUUGCCACCCACUGGCUUGGUGCACUUGGUGCACCUACAUAGAUUAUGUACUUUGUUCUACAGGGUUGAUAUUUUUGUUGAUAUUUUGUUGUGUACCUGUCCGGUACGUAAAACAGCAGUACAAGUAUCGUACCACGGAUUCCUUCCAGGACGAACAGACUGCCCGGAGCCCUAGAGAUGAUCGAUUUCUCUCAUUUUUCUUCCAUUUGCCAAACACCACCAAAACUGUAAAAAACCAUAGUAUGAUUAGUAGUUGCCCUGCCCCAAUUCUUCAACCAUUCCAUCACUUGUUGCCUAUUCACCAUUGAGUGAAGCAUUCUUGGAAGCGCAAUCGCAGAGUAGAAUCAACACCAACUGACGAAAAAACACUCCCUAGUCCAACGCGUCCCGAUCCUCGAUCGACACCUUCCCCCUUCUGAAAGAGCAAUUGGAACGAAAGGGAUCUCUUUCUCGCGGCAAUGGUUUGAGGUGAAAGGUGCUGCGCGGCAGGAACAGCAGGCCGGCACCGACCGGCACCGGCGACCGGGCCUUCUCUGGAACCUUCGCCCAUUGGACAAAGAACAUCCCCCCGGAAAACAGCAAGCCGGGACGCAUUGCCGGCCGAGGCUUUUGCGAUGCAAUGCGAAGUUAAGCGAUGCACCCCUGGCGUGGAUCGACGCAAACAAACAUCCCUUCGACUGCCAGAGCCAAUGGGAAGAAGGAAGCCUCUUGUGACCCGCAACCGGUCGAUCCACACCGACGUUCGUGGUGUCCAAGAAAGCCGGCCAGCCAAGAACAAGCAGAUUGGCGACUGGGCCUUGCCAACGCAAGACGUCCACCACGGAACAUCCACGGAGGCGCCCUCUUCGGUACGGACCCACCAUUUUUGGGGAAACCCUUGUGCCAUUUUAUUGCGAAAGGCCGAGGGAUCCAUCGAUGAGCGUCCGGGCACGUCCGAAAAGCACCAAUGCACAAACCCACACAAACCCACACACACAUGGCUGGUUCUGGCAUCCCCGGAGACCACGCACCACUCGAUGCGUGUCGGGACGUCCUCGGUAUCAGCAACUCGUCCCGGCAACACCCUCGAUGUCCUCCGUGUCAGCGGAUCGGCAUUUUCCGUGUAUGUUUUCUAAUUCUUGGACGAAUGCCGGACAACCCCGAUGUCGUUACUAGGAGGCUCAUCGCAAAGAAAUUGUUAGUCCUGUUCAAGAAAAUUGGAAUGUUGCUUGAUGUUCGCUUUAAAUAGAAUUAGGAUUACUAUCUGGAAAUCCCCGUUUUUCAUAGGAGGAUUCCAAAUAUUUAUUAUAACAAGUGAUUCUGAAUCACUCUCGAUCUCGGUUCCGUAUACUUUGGUCUCGGUUCCGUGUAACUUAACACCCUAUAAGGACAGUCUCCCUGGGGUGCAACACUUUCAACUGGCAACAGCAUUCCAUACUUGGCAGGAGAACUUGACAAACUACUGGGAAGUGUAGAAUCUGUCCUCCAUUCGUAGUAUUCGCCCUGCCACUACUACGCUCUUGCGCCCAUAUCCAAACAUUCUCUAUGGGUUGGUCGAACCGCGUUUUUGUGAGCAGCAGUAGUCCCGCACCACCCACCACUUGAGCAACCUAAGCCGUUUGGACAGCAUCCGUUGUUUCUACGGCCAUUGCCACAAGUUGCUUUCAGAGGUCUCGUGCAUGGUGGUCCCCAAUACCCAUCCUUUACACAGACCCACCGCUCGCCCCCCAAAAUGCAUGCUCCAUUUUCUUCUCUGUCUUUUCUGUAACCUGAUGGACACGAACGCCACCACCCACAUGAAGUCCACUUAACGUGAUGAUCAGUAUGUUUACAUUUAUGCCUGCUUGGAUUUGAUUCGCCAACCAUAGGUCCGCAUUCCUGGUUGGCCUUGCACUCAUUGAAUUUACCCGGGCAGUCGUUAUCGCUUGUACAUUCAGGCACACAGAAGGCUGCUUCACAUUUCUCUUUUCCCGGACACUGAGCAUUUGACAUGCAAGCAAAGGUAAAUCCGUUUGUUGUAAGAUUGCACGUCGUAGCGCCUGGGACUUUAACUUGGAUCUGCUUCACACAAUAGGCUAUCAAUGCAGUUUCGCACUCAUCUUUGCUCACACCGUCGACUUGAUCAACAAAGUCACAAAUCGGUCGCAAAGCCCUUUGGAUGAUGGAUGAUGUGUUAUAAACAUCAUUCAGGUCA